UGCAGGAAAUGAUAAGUGUGUGUUUGGGUACAGGCUGUGGCAGAAGCGGCACACUUCUGCAUUGUCGGCCGUAGCUGAUGCAACAGAGAAAUAUCUCUAUACUGGUUGAGUUUCAUUCUCUGGCUGACCUGACACAUGGCUCUGGAGUCUGUUCCACACACAGGGCACCAACGUGUCUUCUGAAACAUCACUGACCACUGGGAAUUAAGAGCACUUCUAUCUGAUUUAUACUUCCUGUUACUAACCAUCAUGUCGUGGUUGGAGGGUGUGAACUCCACGCUGAACCUUCACUCCAACACCUCCUCCUCCCUGGUCUGCACCAACCUGUACGACCACCGCCCCGUCGCCCGCGUCCUCAUGUCUCUCCACUACAGCCUGGUCUUCAUGCUCGGCUUCCUAGGUAACGCCCUGGCACUGCACGUCAUCAGACCCAACCUGGCCAAGAUCAACUCCACCACACUCUACUCUGCCAACCUGGCCGCCUCCGACGUCCUCUUCACCCUGGCCCUGCCUCUGAGGAUAGCCUACUACGCCCUAGGUUUCCACUGGCCCCUGGGGGAGACCCUGUGUCGGGUCACCGCCCUUCUGUUCUACGUCAACACCUACGCAGGGGUCAACUUCAUGACCUGCCUGGCCGUAGACCGCUUCGUAGCCGUGGUUCUCCCUCUACGUUACACCAGGUUCUGCCGGGCCCGGACCGUCCGCUACGUCUGCGUAGGGGUGUGGGUUCUAGUCCUGGUCCAGACGUUACCCCUCCUCUCCGUGACCAUGACCCGGGCCGAGCCGGACGGGACCACCACCUGCAUGGAGUACCCCAACUUUGAGAACGGGGUCGUGGAGGGACUCCCCUACGUCCUCAUUGGAGCCGUCGUCAUGGGAUACGGCAUUCCCGUUGCAACCAUCCUGUGUUGCUACUUGGUGUUGCUUUGGAAGCUGCGGCUGGUGACGAGAAGUGGGGUCGGUGGGCGAGGUCACAGGUCAUUGAGGAGCCAGAAGGCGACGGGGGUGAUAGCAGGGGUAGUGUUGGUGUUUGUAGUGUGUUUCAGUCCCUAUCACAUCAACAUCCUGCAGUAUAUGAUCCGAAAGCUGAGAUACACACCAGGCUGUACCGAGCUACAGGCCUUUCAGGUAGUUAUCUCCACACCAGGCUGUACCGAGCUACAGGCCUUUCAGGUAGUUAUCUCCACACCAGGCUGUACCGAGCUACAGGCCUUUCAGGUAGUUAUCUCCACACCAGGCUGUACCGAGCUACAGGCCUUUCAGGUAGUUAUCUCCACACCAGGCUGUACUGAGCUACAGGCCUUUCAGCUAGUUAUCUCCACACCAGGCUGUACCGAGCUACAGGCCUUUCAGCUAGUUAUCUCCACACCAGGCUGUACCGAGCUACAGGCCUUUCAGGUAGUUAUCUCCACACCAGGCUGUACCGAGCUACAGGCCUUUCAGGUAGUUAUCUCCACACCAGUGGAGGCUGGUGGGAGCAGCUAUAGGAGGAUGGGCUUAUUGUAAUGGCUGGAAUGGAAUAAAUGGAACGAGUCAAACGUGGUUUCCAUCUUUUUGAUGUAUUCCAUGAAUUCCAUUCAUUACAACGAGCCCUUCCUCCUACAGCGCCUUCUACCAGCAUCCACUGACACACAAACAUAGGCCUAUCUGUUAAAAUCAUUGUAUUUUUGUGUGUGUGUGUGUGUGUGUGUUGACCAUGAGAUUGUGCAUUUAAGCGUGUGUGCAAUGUCCAUCUCCAAUCCACGUGUGACCGACUCCUCCACUAACCCCUCUCUCUCCCAUCCCUUCAGAUUGUGUAUUUACGUGUGACCGACUCCUCCACUAACCCCUCUCUCCCAUCCCUUCAGAUGUCU